UGAAGUUCUUUCUUGCAAAUGAAUAAAAAAAAUUCGUGAGAGCCAUACAUGCAAAGCAAAGAAUAAGGGUAGGGAGGGUCCACAUUAGACAAAACGAUGAAUCCUUAUCUGCAACGAGCCAAUGAACUUCCGCUAUCAAAUUGCACACUUCGUCCCCAAUCAAUAUCCACCUCAUAUUCUAGGCUGCACUGCCAACUGAAUGUUUUCCUUUUUUUUGGUGACAAGAGUCACAAGAUAACCACCCAAACUCGAUUUUAAUAAUUUAUUUUUAAUCAAUAACUAUAUAUAGCUUUCUUCUCAUUUCUCUCUGUUUUCUCAAAAGCUCAAAGCUGAAGCCAGUCAAAUCAUGGCUCAUUUGCUGACACCGGCUCCUACCACAGCCGCUACACCUCUCUCUGCGAGACCCUGGAAUAGCUCCUCCCUAUAUUCUUUGAAAAAUGCGUGUUUUACCACUCCAAGAGUGUGCUGCAUUGGCAACCAAUAUCAACAUCAGGUCUCUAAUGAUGAACAAGUCCCACAUAUCCGAGAGGACUACACUCUGCAUCGGAGGAGGGCAUUGAUGGGAUUAAGUGGUGCAGUAGUGUUGGGGUUGAGUUGGAGGGAGGAGCAAAGUGCAAGAGCAGCUGCUAGAAGGCCUCCACCUCCUCCACCCAAGGAGAAAAAAGAUCCCAAUAUUAGUGCUGUUCAGGCGAAAGUAUUGGCUAGCAAGAAGAGAAAAGAAGCACUGAAAGAAGAAGUCGCCAGGCUAAGAGAGAAAGGAAAGGCUGUUAACAUUAAUAAAGAGCCACCUCCUCCCGCAGUUACACCAACACCAAUUCCUGCAUCUGAAUAGUUUUCUAUUCUUUAAUGUUACCUGCAAAUCAAAUGGUUGAUAACAAUGUUGUUGUAUCACUAUAUUAAAUUUCUACUGAAUAUGAUUGUUUGGCUUA